AUGAACGGUUCACGUCGAGCUAGAACGUUCACGUUCAUUCCAGAGGCAGAUGAUAUUAACGUCGGCCUGGAUUUCUCAUUACCAUUUAUUAAAAUACCUAUAAAGAAAACAUUCGACUCUGCUUCUGAAUAUGGCUUUCCAGGACUUGGUCUACCAAAGAUCAAUAUAAACCCAAUGGCAUUGGCGUUAAGCAGUGUAAUAAUAUUCUUUGUAAGUGUUGUGGGACCCAUCAUCAAUAAGGUCUUCGAGUUCCACGAUCACAAUCGCUUUUCUCGAUGUAAGUCA